GAGACCAUGGUGUGGAAGGAAGGUGAAGAAGUUACUGUGACGAUCAAUGGGCAGACUGUGAAAGGUGAGGUUGUUUCCCUGUUUCCCAGGAAGCCUUGGGUGGCUGCUGUUGAGCUCUUCGAACCGUUGGAACUACCUCCUAAGGUGCCUCUUAAGAUUGGUCUGCCUCGAAAUGAAGAGGUGGUUUUUGUGCGGCGGGCUGGGGAAGUUGAACUCCCUGCAAUCAUCAAGGAGCACUACUUACCAUAUGAAGUGGCUGGUGUCCAAAUGGGUGAUAUUAUCGUUGAAUGGGAUUCAGAUUCAAGGAGCAUGAGGCUGAGUGGGAUUGUUGUCAAGACGGAGGAAGAUGGUGCUGUGGUGGGGCUGCCCGUCGAUGACGCCACGCUAUACUGUCUUGAGGCGGACAAGAAGAGCUGGUACCGAACAAAAUACCCAGGUGAUCAUUGCAAAUACCUUUGCUGAGUUUGUUAGA